CGUCACAGCAAUUUUCUUCAUUCUUGAGCAAUACAGUGAAGUAUAAGUGGUGCAUUGAACAUUGCAGUGCAGCCUACAUCAUCACAAAAAACUCAAAACAAUAAUGAAAGUCGGGCUUGCAACUUUGAUUGUCGCCGUAACGUACGUAUGGAUAGCUGAAAGUGCCCCGCCGACAUGUUACUCUAGAGUGUUAGGGCUAAGUAAGGAAAUAAUGGAUACAUUACACAAAUUACAUAAACAUCACCGCACGAAGGACUGCGCUGAGGUGUUGCCAAAGCUGUUUAUAGACGUGCACAAUUCCUGCGUCAUGCCUAAACUCAGAGACUUUCUUUAUGUCGUGGAGAACCUACCUACACCUCAAUGCAGAGCGCGUCCUAGAGUGACUGUUCUGCAGCGCAAAGUCCGAAACUUAUAUACAAUCAUCAACAGAGUUUGCUACCGUGAUCUCGUGUAUUUCACCGAUGACUGUGAGGCCAUAGAGACAGGACACAGCAGUCCACGAUACGGAGAGGACAGACUUCAAUUGUUAGAAGAGAACUGAGAAAACAUACUUCCGUGCUGACGGAGCUUUUAAACUUUUAUAUUGUAUCUAGGUCUAAAACACAAAACUAGACUAAAAUAGAUUUAGGUUAGCUGAAAUAAAACUCAAAUAUUCGUUGAUGGUUUAUUCCCCUAGGUAGAGAAAACUUUCCACAGGAAAUGCUCAGAAUGCCAGCCAUUCCAAUGAAAACCCUUCAAAUAAUAAACCAUAGCAUAAUAUUUGCUUCCGUCUCAGCGCCGAAUUUACACACACACACACACGCGUGCACACACAUAUAACGUGUGUGCUCUAUUCAUUCAUUUCUGUACAUGUCUGUGAAAGUGCCUUCAUGUGGUCUAUGCCUAAGGGAGAAACAAAAGUAGGCUAUUUCUUGUUGAGUUUUUGUUUCAUCUGGGUUUUUCCAUUUAAAAUGUGCUUUUCCUCCUAUGCAGAUAUAGCCUUGAUCUUCUAGUUACAUAAUGUGAUGCACAUAUGCCGACAUUUGUAUUUUAUUUCUGUAUUAAAAAGCUAUAAUCUUUUUCA